GGAACAUCACAUCCACUCUUCCUCCUCCUCCUCCUCCUCCUCUUCCUCUCCUCCUCCUCUUCUUCCUCCUCCUCCCCUUCCUAGGUCCAUCAGAAGCCUAUAUUUUCAAAACGGGGCCGUGCCAGUCAGCCGCCAAGAAAGUGGACAAUUUCUCAAUGGAUAAGUUCCUAGGUAAAUGGCACGUGCUUCUGGGAUCCAACCUUGCUUCCCGCUGUCACUCGCUCACCAUACGUCAAGGUGGACUGGAGGGCAGCGCUGGCUACACGGUGGAGGUGGAGAAGCAACUGUACUCCCUCCACUCAGCCGGACUCCUCCACAAACUCCAUUACGAGGCGGAGAUGACCCAGAAUUCUCAGUCCCCCGCUAGCCUCCUUCUUCGUCUGCCGGCCCACGUGUACGGGGACGUGGUGUUUGAUGUGGUGGGGACGGACUACACCACGUGGGCAGCUCUGUACUCCUGCUCCUCCACUCUGUUCGGCCACCUCCACGCCGGUCUGGUGCUGGGCAGGGCGGCGCAGCUUGAUCUCUCCUCCCUCAUGCUCGCCAGGGACUCUCUUGAGGGGCUGGGAAUAGAUCUGGGGACCUGAGCACGGUACAACAGGGGGACUGCGCGCCUACUCUGGGAGGCGGCACCUUCACCCUUGAGCUGGGGCGGGGGCUGGCGAGUCGCGCGGGGCAGUGGUCAACCAUAAUGCCCCCGACAGCUUCCUCUGGCCUUCCCUCCAGCGGCUGUUUUCUUCAGGAAGGAGACUAUUACGUUUUCUAUGAAGUGUGCCCCGUAGAAAACGAAGAUGAGGUUGUCUUUACGCCGAGUGCUAGUGACGAUAGUGAUUAUGAUAGCGAUAAUGAUGAGGAGAUUUACUAUGACAUUCGUGAUGGUGAUAGUAGUAGUGGUGAUGGUGAUGUUGGUGAUGAAGAUGUAAUUGAUGUUAGUGACAGUACUGAAUAUGAGGAUUAUGGUGAAUACUCUAAUGGUGAAGGCAGUGGUGAUGAUGAAUACUAUUACUACUAUUACUACGAUGAUGAGAGUGAAGGUAGCGGGGAUGGGGAUGGUGGUGGUGGUGAUGCUGGUGAUGGUGGUGAUGGUAGUGAUGGUGAUGGUAGUGGUGAUUAUGAGGUAGGAAAUAGUGAUGCAGGUGAUGUUGUGAGUGAUGGUGAAGGCAGCGGUGAUGACUACUAUUACUACUACUACUACUAUGACGAAGAUGAGGAAGGUGUUAGUGGUGAUGGUGAUAGUGGUAGUGGUAGUGGUGAUGAUGAGUACUACUACUACUACUACUAUUACGACGACUAUGAGGAUGAAGAUGGUGAAAGUGAUAGUGAGGCGAAUACGAAAAGUGCAAUGGGAAAAACUAAAACGAAAGAAAACAAAAAGAAAACGAGUCAAAGAAAACGGAUUAAGAGAGAUACACAGAAAAUAGGAACCGAACUGAACAAUGAUAAUAACAAUAAUAGUAAUAAUAACAAUAAUAAUAACAGAACAAGAGAAAUAAAAGAAAAAAUUAUAGAAACACGAAGGAGAUUACAAACAAAACAACAAACACAACAAGAAAA